AUGCGCGGCGGCCGCCCCGCGGCUGCGCAGCGCCAGCCCGGCCCCGCCCCGGCCCCCGGGACCCCGGCCCAGCCCCCAGCCCCCAGCCCGGCCCCGCCCCUUGCCCGCCCCGCCCUGGCGGGUCCCAGCCUAGAGCCCAAUUCUGGGACUCUGGCUCCCCGCUCCCACUGCCCACCCUCCCCCACACCCAAUCAGGGCUGCCAAGGUGUUGCUCUGGAGCUGGGCCAGCCCCCUGCUGAUCAGUAUGUCCAGGCCCAGCAGUUCUCCGAGACUGAAGGGAGGGCAAAGGGCCACGUCCUCCGCCUGCCCCACCCUGCUGACAAGAGUCCCAGUCACCAGGCCACCCUCUCAGUCUGGGGCCCUCGAGGGAGCCCAGAAUCCCAAGUGGCUGGAGCGCUGGGGGACACCCAGACAGAGCCCUCGCUGGACCAGGUCCUCCGGGAGCGGGAUGAAGCCAUUGCCAAGAAACGGGCAGUGGAGGCUGAGCUGGACAUAUUCAAAGCCAAGUUGCGAGCUGUGGAGGCCCAGCUGCUGGAAGUUCUGGAGGAGAAGCUGAGACUGAAGCAGGAGGUGGAGGCCUGGGAGGAUGACAUGCAGUGGAUGGUGAGGCAGCAGGUCGAGAGUCAGCUGCAGAGAGAGUCCAGGGGCGCUCUGGGAGCCCCCAUGGACCCUGGAACUGCCAGGACCCCCUGGGUCAGAUUCCCCCUGCGUUGGUGGGGACGUUGGCGGUGAGAGAGCUCAGCCCAAGACCUUGGGAAGAGUAACUUUAUUCAUUAAAGUUUAAGG